GGGAGGGGUCAAAAGUACCGGCGGUCUUUAUUAACCUAAGUAUGUUGCCCAGUCAACAAACUGAUCAACCUGCUUCACAGGCAAAGGCACACACGCUGGUCUUAACGUUACAUUUUCAACGAGUGGUGGAAGACAUGGAGUUUGACCUUUCAAUUGAGCUGUUUGACAACAUCACUGACAACAUCACAGAGGAGUCCGGAGACUUCGGUCUGGAGUUCCAGGAGCCAUGUGGCAGUGCGCUGAGCAGCGAAUUCAACAAGGUCUUCCUACCGACGGUUUACGGAAUAAUAUUCAUUCUAGGGACCAUUGGCAAUGGAUUAGUCGUUGUUGUCAUGGGCUACCAGAAAAAAGUCAAAACUAUGACGGACAAGUACCGGCUCCAUCUCUCUGUGGCUGAUCUCCUGUUCGUCCUCACGCUGCCCUUCUGGGCCGUGGAUGCAGCCAAGCACUGGUACUUCGGAAGUUUCCUAUGUGUGUCAGUGCACAUGAUCUACACAGUCAACCUGUACAGCAGCGUGUUGAUCCUGGCCUUCAUCAGUCUAGACAGGUACUUGGCAGUCGUGCGGGCCACUAACAGCCAAGCCACAAGAAAGCUGCUUGCAAGCAGAGUGAUCUAUCUGGGUGUGUGGCUGCCUGCAGCCAUACUGACUGUACCUGACAUGGUAUUUGCCAGGGUGCAAGACACAGAGUCUUCAAAAUACCUCUUUACAGAUGAGAGCAUGAAGACUGCAGACCCCAAGACCAUCUGCCAGCGCAUCUACCCGGAGGAGAGCAGUCUCAUAUGGACAGUUGUUUUCCGCUUCCAACACAUCCUGGUGGGCUUCAUCCUGCCCGGUUUGGUCAUCCUCAUCUGCUACUGCAUCAUUAUUGCCAAGCUGUCGCAAGGCGCCAAGGCCCAGGCGCUGAAGAAGAAAGCUCUCAAAACCACGGUCAUCCUCAUCCUGUGUUUUUUCACUUGCUGGCUGCCCUACUGUGUUGGCAUCUUUUUGGACAAUCUCAUAAUGCUGAAUGUGGUCCCUACAUCCUGUGAACUGCAACAGGCAGUGGAGAAGUGGAUUUCUAUCACUGAGGCGCUGGCUUAUUUUCACUGCUGCCUAAACCCCAUCCUCUAUGCUUUCCUGGGAGUUAAGUUUAAGAAAACAGCCAGGAGCGCACUGACAGUCAGCAGCAAAUCAAGUCAGAAAGUGACUCUCAUGACUAAAAAGCGAGGGCCAAUUUCAUCCGUGUCAACUGAGUCAGAGUCUUCAAGUGUUUUGUCAAGUUAACAAACAGCUUUCAUUAGAGUCUGUGACUUGAUACUCUCAGGAGAGAAUAUAACUAAGCUUUAAUUUCAAAGAACUUACUACAUUUUGUACAGAUGUAAAAAAGAUUGUUUUAUACAUUGUGAUUUGUUUGCCUUGUGUUCUGCAAUUGUAUGUCUUGUAAGGGUUUUUAUUACCUUUUUUCAAAGUUUUAUGUUCUUCAAAGCAGAUUGUAUCCUCAGGCAGUGCUUCAUUUCCAUUAAUUCAGCUUUACAAUCAAGGUCCAUUUUCCCUGUUUUCAUCUUUACAACCAGUUUUGCUGUAUCAAAGCUCCAGCAUACAAUGCCCAUUUCUAUUUUCAGGGACAGUAGCUGCUUUUGGAAAGGUGUACAUAGUUUGUAGCAUUUGUGUGUUCGCACUUAAGUUGUGUGAUUAUCUGAAAGCUAUUAUUUAUUGCUGUCAUUCACACUGGAAGUUUUGUAAAGAAAGAGACUGCAUGCUGCUUUUUUACUAUUUUAAAGUUGUGUUGUUUUUAAAAAAUGUAAAAAUAAAGAAUUAAAUCCUUCUCAUAA